UUUUCCACUUUUGUGACGUGACGUGAGAAAAGGACGGACACGACGACUAGAAAUCGUGUAAUAUUCGGCUAAUAUAACCAUUUGGGCAUCGACUGCGUUUCACAUGAUAGAAAUUACAAAAUACACGGAAAGAGGACACUAUAUUACAGGCAUUGUGACUUAAUAUAGCUCUCUGAUAAAAUGGGAAAGGCCAAAAAAGGGAAGAAGAAUGUCGCCGCAGAAGAUGGCGACAGCGAUGUGGAGACCACUAACAUUGAUAGUGUGAAGCCGGCGCAGAGUAAGGCCAAAAAAAUAUCAAUAGGCUCUGAAGAAAGUGAAGAUGAAAAGAUAAAAUUGAAGGCUAAACACAAAAAAUCAGCUGAUGAAGAUGUAAAAGAAGUCACAAAGAACAUAAAAAAUGUGUCAAUUUCAAACAAGUCUCAAAAGAAAAAGGUGGAUCUCAGCAGUGAAGAUGAGUCUGAUGAUGAACCAGAAAUUAAGCCAAAGAAGAAAGGCAAAAAGGAAGAGAAGAAAAGUGCUUUCUCUCUAUUAGAAGUAGAAGAUGUAGAUGACUCUCCACCUGAAGCCGCACCUUCUUCCGAUGAUGAAAAACCUAUCCAGAAAACACAGAAAAAACCAGUGCAAGACAAGAAAGAGCCAGCCGGUAAAAAAGGCAAGAAGGCCAAGCGAAAGAAGGAUGACAGUGAUGAUGAUUUAGAAAAAGUCUUAGCUGAACUCGAAAUGGAAUAUUCUGGUGUUAAAAAAGAACCAACUCCUGCUCCUGAAGCAGAAAAGCCUGAAGAAGUACCUGAAAAUAAGCCAAAAUCGAAAACUAAGGGCAAGAAAGCAGAGACUAAACAAGAACCUGAAGAAAAUUUAGAAGAUAAAGAACAGAGUGACAAUGAAAAUGAUGUAACAAUUAAAACAGCUGCACAGAAAAAGAAAGAGAAGAAGGAACGAGAGAAACAAAAGAAAUUGGAAGCUAAGAAGAAGGAGAAGGAACAAGACUCCAAAAAGGAAGUGAAAGAACCUCCCAAGGUUGAGAAAGUUGAAGCCAAACCCGAAGAGGAACCUAAAGAGGAAAAGAAAGCUCCUUCGGAAGAAAAAGAGGGUGAAGGCGAUGCUGCUACUACUGAAGGCAAGGGCAAGAAAAAGAAGAAAGGAGAAAAGGCAGAAGACAAGGAAGACAAAUCUAAAAAAGGUCCUAAUAAAAAAGCUAUUGCUGCUAUGCAAGAGGCUUUGAAGAAAGUGAAAGAGGAAGAAGAACGCCUUCAGAGAGAAGAAGAGGAAAGGAUUAAACAGGAGGAAGAAAGAGAAAAUCAGAGGUUAGAAGCGAUAAGGUUAGAGAAGGAACGUAAAGAAAGGAAAAAGCAAAAAGAAAAGGAGAGAAAAGAAAGACUUAAAGCUGAAGGUAAGCUUUUGACACCAAAACAAAAAGCUGAAAAGGCUAGAGCUCAAGCUAUGUUGGAGUCUCUGAAAGCUCAGGGUGUGGAGAUUGGUUCUGCUGAGAAGAAACCACCGAGGCCAGGCACAAGGGUCAAGCCAAAUAAGUUGAAGACUCAACUUUCGCAAGAAGUACCACAAACUCCUUCUGAGGAAAAGAAAAUUGAAUUAGAAAUUGUUGAUAAGAAGGAUGAGCAGAAAAAAUUGUCAGAGAAGAAGGAAUCAGAUACUGAAUCAGUGAAAGAUGCUUGGGAUGCAGAAUCUUCCGAGGACGAGGAGCCACCGAAACCUGAACCUGUCCCGGCUUCGAUUCCAGCUAAGGAUGACAAGAGAGAUCAGGACAAGGGCAAAGAAAAUGCUGAUGAGGAAGCAAGUUCUGAUGAGGAAGAUGAUAGCUCUGAAGAAGAGUCGAGCUCGGAAGAGGAUUCUGAAGAUGACCAGAUGACAGAUGCUCAGAAGAAGAGGGAAGCAGUCCUUAAGAGAUUAGAGAAACGUCGCGAAGAGAACGAAUUAAACAAAGCGAACAACCCGCUCCGCGCCGCGGUGGUAUGCGUUUUGGGCCACGUGGACACCGGCAAGACUAAGAUAUUGGAUAAGUUGCGUCGGACCAACGUUCAGGACGGCGAGGCUGGCGGUAUCACGCAGCAGAUCGGUGCCACCAACGUGCCUAUCGAGAAUAUCAAGGAGCAAACCAAACAUGUUAAGGGGGUAAACGAGAUAGCCUUCAAGUUACCAGGUCUACUCAUCAUCGAUACUCCCGGGCACGAGUCUUUCAGCAACUUGAGGAAUCGAGGGUCGUCCCUUUGCGAUAUUGCCAUCCUUGUAGUAGACAUAAUGCACGGACUGGAGCCUCAGACGAUAGAAUCGAUAAACAUGUUGAAGCAAAAGAAAACCCCGUUCUUGGUUGCAUUGAACAAGAUUGACCGUCUGUACGACUGGCAAAGUGCUCAACGGAAAGACGUGCGUGAUAUACUCAAAAUACAAGCUCCUAACACUCAACUGGAGUUUGACAAACGCAGCAAGGAUGUCAUACUACAGUUCGCUGAACAGGGUUUGAACGCAGCAUUGUUCUACGAGAACCCAGACCCCCGCACCUACGUGUCCCUGGUUCCCACGUCGGCAGUCACCGGCGAGGGUAUGGGCAACUUGCUCGCUAUGAUCGUGCAGGCCUGCGAAGGACCUUUGCAUAAGCGGCUUGUUUUCUCACAUCAGUUGCUCGCUACUGUGCUUGAGGUGAAAGCUAUCCCUGGUCUGGGCACCACAAUCGACACUAUUCUCAUCAACGGAACUCUCCGUGAAGGCGACACGAUGGUACUCGCCGGCACUGACGGACCCAUAGUCACGCAGAUACGGUCCUUACUCAUGCCGCAACCUAUGAAAGAACUCAGGGUCAAGAACGCAUACAUCGAGCACAAGGAAGUGGUGGGAGCUCAGGGCGUGAAGAUAGCAGCGAAAGAGUUGGAGAAAGCUAUCGCGGGGUUGAACCUACUCGUGGCGCAGAAACCGGACGAGGUUGAAGUGCUCAAGGAGGAGGUGGCUCGCGAGCUGAAGUCUGCGCUGUCGUCCAUCAAGUUGUCGGAGCGCGGCGUGUACGUGCAGGCCUCCACGCUGGGCUCGCUGGAGGCGCUGCUGGAGUUCCUGCGCACGAGCAAGAUACCUUACUCGGCCAUCAGGAUAGGUCCGGUGGUGAAGAGAGAUGUAAUGAAGGCGUCUGCUAUGUUGGAACACGACUCGCAGUGGGCCGUCAUACUUGCCUUCGAUGUUAAGAUUGAACGCGACGCACAAGAGAUGGCCGACAAUUUGGGCGUGAAGAUCUUCGCGGCGGACAUAAUCUACCACUUGUUUGACAAGUUCACCGCGUACCGGGAGGAGCUGAAACAACGCAAGAGGGAAGAGUUCAAACAUAUCGCUGUGUUCCCUUGUAAACUCAAGAUUCUACCGCAGUUCGUGUUCAACUCGCGUGACCCCAUCGUCGCUGGCGUCAUGGUGGAAGCGGGCAUCCUGAAGGAAGGCACGCCUAUCUGUGUGCCCAGUCAAGAGUUCGUGGAGCUAGGCAUUGUGACGUCAAUCGAGGUGAACCACAAGCAAGUGGAGACGGCACGCAAGGGGCAGGAGGUGUGCAUCAAGAUCGAGCCGAUACCAGGGGAGUCGCCCAAGAUGUUCGGCCGGCACUUCGACGAGACUGAUAUGCUAGUCAGCAAGAUUUCGCGCGCUAGUAUCGACGCGUGCAAGGAUUACUUCCGCGAUGACCUCAUCAAGACGGACUGGCAGCUGAUGGUCGAGCUCAAGAAACUCUUCCAGAUCCUCUAAAUCAUCAGCACAUCCUCAAAAAACUUCCUUGCGUAUGCUGGAUUUGUAUCUACAGAUUUUAUACCGCCUUUUCUGGUAUGUCUGUCCGAAGGAGUCAAAAUUUCCCGAAUUCUGUGUUCUUUCUAAUCUAAAACUUGUUUACUCUAAGCAAGUUGUUCAUGUUUCAAAAUCGAUAAGUGUGUCGUCUGUUCCAUCUAAACUCUGCUCUGUCGAUCGUAGAAUCUCAUACUGUAUUACCACUUGCGAAUGACAAUUUGUAUUACUAAUUGAAUGUAGCCGUGUACAUGUAUUAUUGUAUCGUAUUUUACCUUGCAGGUUCGCAGAUUUUUAUCUGUCAUAGUAUUUUUAAAAGUGUACGUAAUUUAUUAUUUAACAACUGCCAUACUUUUUCGUUUGAAAUGUGUAUUUUGUUUGAGUUUUCGAUCGCGGGCGACGGACUGUAAAUAGCAAUACCAUACGGUUAUUUAUUUGUUUUAUUUUAUAGAAGUCGCGCAACAACUUAUACCUCUAGUAUCUUUGGACUUCAGAUUGUUCUGUAGAAUGUUGUACUACAUAUAAAAAUGAAAUUUAGCGAAAUUUUAAUGCAAAACAUGUAACACGUGUAUCUAUAAAUGGUAUUUCAUCGUAAGAAUCCUGUGUAAAUACAUAUUUAUGAGUUAUAAAAUGUUGUAGUUGUAUAUAAAUAAAAUAUCCUUCAAUACAACAAUUUAAAUAGUUUCCCAUGUAGUGCAAUACUCGAUCUCAAUGGUAAUGAAUGUGUCUUUUUCAGGCAAUACUGUAUCUCUACGGUGCUUCUAUUGUAGUGAAAUUUUAUCCAUCUUUUAUAUAACUGUUGUGAUUCGAUGUCUAAUUAUAUCAAGGUAUGUAUUUGGGGCACUGGCAAGAGCGGUGGGAGAGGUCGUUUAUUGUACGAGAAUGUUUUCGUUCAAAUUCUAUUCGCUUCAAGGGUAUCCAUGUGCGGGAAGCUGCAUUCAAGCUGUAUGUCAAAUUUUGCCUUAGAAGUUUAUAGUUUAUCAGUAAAAUUUUAUCUUCUUCUAUCGUGCGGGUUGUGAGGUCGACCCGCCUCAGCAAUUCUCAAGGUAAAAUUUGACAAAUAACAGUUUGAAAGUGCUAAAUACUUGCAUACAGGGAUGACAAUUGUGUGGCAAGCAGGACAAGAGUCCAUAGUCGAGGUACAGAAGGUUGUAUUUUAUAUUGUAGGUAUUUUCCCUUUUUGAAAUGCUUUGUAUUAUAUAGAUGGAAUCGGACAUAUUCUUAUAUUGAAGAAAUUUUAUUAAAUUGUAAAAACA